UGGUCAAAGAUAAAAUUGUCAGUGAUUUUCAAUUAAUUUGACAUGGUAUUCCUUUCCUAUAGCUUUUGGUUGAUCAAUUCAAAAUUAUGUCUCAACCUGUGAGGUUAUACACAAAGGGUAUUGUAUUGGGUUAUAAGCGAAGCUUGAGAAGUCAAGAUCCCAACACAUCCUUGCUGAAAAUAGAAGGUGUGAAUGAUAAAAAGGAUACAGACUUCUACCUUGGUAAACGGGUUGCAUAUGUAUACAGAGCCCACAAAAAGAGAGAAGCCAAAGGAAAGAAACCAGCAAGCAAAAUCCGUUGUAUCUGGGGGAAAGUCACCAGACCACAUGGCAACAGUGGCGUUGUAAGAGCCAAAUUCAGGCACAAUCUUCCACCAAAAUGCUUUGGUGCAACUGUUAGAGUUAUGCUGUAUCCAUCAAGGGUGUAGUGUAGUCUCUGUUUCACUUGAAUAAAUAUACAACAUUGA